AUGGCACCAAAAAGAGCGGCCGCCAACAUCAGCAAGAAGCGCAAGUCCGACGAGGAGCCUGCUGCUGCUCCAGCGAAGAGAACCAGAGUCAGCAAGGAGCCAGCCGCAAAGACCAACAAGAAGAGCAAAGUUGACGAAGAGGCCGCCGCACCAAUGAAGAAGGCCAAGGCCGAUAGCAAACCAGCUCUGCCAAGCAGAGAGAAGCGAAAGCCGGAAGAUGAGCCUGUAGCUCCACCUAAAAAGACCAAGGCCACGGCCACGACCACGAGAUCGCGCGACAUCAUCAACAAAGCGCCUACUCAACGCCAUAACGUCUAUGUCUUCGGAGAAGGCACAGCGGGCGAGCUUGGUCUUGGCACAGCGAAGGGCACCACGGACGUGAAGCGGCCACGCCUUAAUCCCAACCUUGCAGCCGACAAGGUCGGAGUCGUGCAGAUCGAGGCUGGUGGCAUGCACGUCGUCGCGCUUACUCAUGACAACAAGAUACUCACGUGGGGUGUCAACGACCAGGGCGCAUUAGGAAGAGAUACCACAUGGGAUGGAGGAUUGAAGGAUAUGGAUGCUGCAGGAGAUGAUGAUAGCAAUUCGGAUGAUGAGGAUAACGGUCUGAAUCCACACGAGAGUAUGCCGGGAGAGGUUGACUUUUCUAGCACUAAGCUUGCCGAGGGUACUCGCUGGGUGCACGUCACUGCAGGUGACUCGUGCACAUUCGCGCUGACGGACGAUGGACUGGUGUACGGCUGGGGCACAUUCCGCGCCAACGAGGGCAUCUUCGGCUUCAACCCCACGACCAACGUCGCCCACCGCCCCACACUCAUUCCAGAACUGAAGAAAAUUACCAAGAUCGCGGCCGGCGCUAACCACGUCCUUGCAUUGGACAACAACGGUAAAGUCUUCGCCUGGGGUUCAGGCCAACAGAACCAACUUGGCCGCCGUAUCGUGGAGCGCACGAAGUUGGAAGGGUUGAAGCCACGAGAAUUCGGCCUGCCCAAGGGCCCGAAGAAGGGUAUUGUCGAUAUAGCUACGGGUAGCUACCACAGCUUCGCCAUCGACAAGGCAGGCAACGUCUACAGCUGGGGCCUGAACAACUUCGGCGAGACCGGUAUCCCGGAUAAUGCCGGCGAGGACGAUGCUCUCAUCCUCAAGCCACAGGUCGUGGAGGCCCUGAAGGGCAAGAAGGUCAUCAGCAUUGAAGGCGGAGGACACCACUCCCUCUGCGCCACAGCAAACGGCGACUGUCUGAUCUGGGGCCGCAUGGAUAGCGCCCAAGUCGGCAUCUCAGAGGAAGAAAUCAAGAAAAUGAGCGACGACCUCAUCGUCAAGGACGAGCACAACAAACCCCGGAUUCUCAAGGUCCCGACCAAAGUCACCGCGAUCAAAGGUGCCGUCUCGCACGUUGCAAGUAGCAGCGAUCAUAGCGUCGUCGUUACCAAGGACGGGAAAGCGUGGUCUUGGGGGUUCAGUGCUAAUUAUCAGACUGGGUUGGGGACGACGGAAGAUGUGGAGGUGGCUACUAUGAUUGAUAAUACUGCUGUCAGGGAGCAGAAGCUAACUUCUUCGACCACGGGUGGGCAGUUUAGUAUUCUUACAUCGGCCGCUUAG